AUAUGGCGGCGGGAGCUUCCUCGGCAUCUCGAGGAGGCGGUGGGGCCCACACCCGGAAGGAGGGUCCGUUUUCGGGCUAGUGCGGCGGCCGCUGCGGACCCGGAAGUCCGGGCCAGUUGCUGAAUGAGGGGAGCCGGGCCCUCCCCGCGACAGUCCCCCCGCGCCCCCCGCCCCGACGCGGGCCCCGCCAUGUCCUUCUUCCGGCGGAAAGUGAAAGGCAAAGAACAAGAGAAGACCUCAGAUGUCAAAUCGGUUCAAGCCUCAAUAUCCAUACAUUCCCCACAAAAAAGCACCAAAAAUCAUGCCUUGCUGGAGGCCGCAGGACCAAGUCAUGUUGCAAUCAGUGCCAUUUCUGCCAACAUGGACUCCCUCUCGAGGGGCAGGACAGCGUCACUCAAGAGGCAGCCGAGUCACAUGGAGGCCGCCCACUUCGGCGACCUGGGCAGAUCUUGUCUGGAUUACCAGACUCAAGAGACCAAAUCAAGUCUUUCAAAGACCCUUGAGCAAGUCUUGCACGACACUGUUGUCCUCCCUUAUUUCAUUCAAUUCAUGGAACUUCGUAGAAUGGAACAUUUGGUUAAAUUCUGGCUAGAGGCCGAAAGUUUUCACUCUACAACUUGGUCCCGAAUAAGAGCACACAGUCUAAAUACUGUGAAGCAGAGCUCAUUAGCUGAGCCUGUCUCUCCAUCUAAAAAGCACGAAAAUACAGCGUCUUUUGUAACCGAGUCUCUUGACAAGCGAUUGGAGGAUUCUAGCUCAGCACAGUUGCUUAUGACCCAAUCAGAAGGAAUUGACCUGAACAAUAGAACUAAAAACACUCAGAACCACUUGCUGCUUUCCCAGGAAUGUGACAAUGGCCAUUCUUUCCAUCUUGAAACAGCCAGAGCAGGAACUCUUCAAGUUUCCAUGGAAAACCAAGAAUCCUCCAGACUAAUAGUAGCCAGUAGAAGUAGUCCCUCUUCUCCACUAAAGGAAUUAUCAGGAAAACUAAUGAAAAGUAUAGAACAAGAUGCAGUGAAUACUUUUACCAAAUAUAUAUCUCCAGAUGCUGCUAAGCCAAUACCAAUUACAGAAGCAAUGAGAAAUGACAUCAUAGCAAAGAUUUGUGGAGAAGAUGGACAGGUGGAUCCCAACUGUUUUGUUUUGGCACAGUCCAUAGUCUUUAGUGCAAUGGAGCAAGAGCACUUUAGUGAGUUUCUGCGAAGUCACCAUUUCUGUAAAUACCAGAUUGAUGUGCUGACCAGUGGAACUGUUUACUUGGCUGACAUUCUCUUCUGUGAGUCAGCCCUCUUUUACUUCUCUGAGUACAUGGAAAAAGAGGAUGCGGUGAACAUCUUACAGUUCUGGUUGGCAGCUGAUAACUUCCAGUCUCAGCUUGCUGCCAAAAAGGGCCAGUAUGAUGGACAGGAGGCGCAGAACGAUGCCAUGAUUUUAUAUGACAGAUACUUCUCCCUCCAAGCCACACAUCCUCUUGGAUUUGAUGAUGUGGUCCGAUUAGAAAUUGAAUCCAAUAUCUGCAGGGAAGGUGGGCCACUCCCUAACUGUUUCACAACUCCGUUACGUCAGGCCUGGACCACCAUGGAGAAGGUCUUUUUGCCCGGCUUUUUAUCCAGCAAUCUUUAUUAUAAAUAUUUGAAUGAUCUCAUCUACUCGGUGCGUGGAGACGACUUCCUGGGAGGGAGUGUUCCCCUGUCUGCCCAGGGCUCUGCUGGGCCCCCUGACGAGUCGCACCCGGGCGGCCCCGACAGCUCUGCUUCCCAGUCCAGUGUGAAAAAAGCCAGUGUGAAAAUCCUGAAAAAUUUUGAUGAAGCGAUAAUUGUAGAUGCUGCAAGUCUGGAUCCCGAAUCAUUGUAUCAGCGGACAUAUGCAGGGAAGAUGACUUUUGGAAGAGUCAGUGACCUGGGGCAGUUCAUCCGAGAAUCUGAGCCUGAACCCGAUGUGAAGAAAUCAAAAGGAUUCAUGUUCUCACAAGCCAUGAAGAAAUGGGUGCAAGGAAAUACUGAUGAGGCCCAAGAAGAGCUAGCUUGGAAGAUUGCUAAAAUGAUAGUCAGUGAUGUUAUGCAGCAAGCACAAUAUGAUCAACCAUUAGAAAAAUCUACAAAGCUAUGACUCAAAACCUGAGAUAAAGGAAAUCUGCUUUUGAAAAAUACAAGAACUUUUUUCCUUUGGUUGGAUUCUUCAACACAGCCAAUGAAAACAAAGCACUGUAUUUCUUUUCACUGACCUGUCGCUGCUGUUCCCGAGAAAGAACAGCGGACAAUCCGAGACUUCCACCCCAACCCCGAGUAACGUGUAGACGCAUUUGAUGCACAUGAUGUUCACUCAGUGAGAGUCACAAAGAGACUAAGUGGCAUUGUUUACACUGCUAGAAAAUUGUUAGUUUUCCAAUGGCAAUAACCCGUUCACGAGAGUGUUUUAGCCCACUGGGCUAGACCAGGGCCAAAUGCUGCGGGAGGCGGCUCUGCGUGGAGCUGAUACCCGAUGCCCAUUCCUUUAGCACAUCAUAAAGCAAGUACCACAGGUGCGUUGCUUUAUCCUCCUAAAACGAGAAGGUGAACCGGUGGCUCGGAGUGGCAGUGCGGGGCUGGCACAUUGUUUGUCUUCGUUGGCGAGGGUGAGGGUGCAGCGUGCAGUCUCCUUUGCAGAGGCGUUGGUUUAGAAGGAGGCCGACAGGUCACGGGGAAAGACUCCAUGACACUGUCCUUCCCUUUGGGGGCAGUAUACAAUUUUCACAUUUGUUUGCUCCUGAGAGGCAGUCUCCAUAAAACCAGGCUCCCCAGGGCAGCCCUCUGCUGACAAAAAGAUGACCCUAGUUUAUGUGGAGCACUACAGCUUUCUCUGGUGUUCUGCACUCCAGUUACUUAGCUUCCCCUUCAGAGUACACGUGGAAAGACAGACAGAAUAGCGAGCACUCCAGUUUUUCCCCUGUGGUACCCUGAACAAAUUGUUUAUUCCCAGAUUGUACUAUUUUUUCUAAGAAGGUGGAGAGGGUGGGGAGGAAAGCACCCAACGUUGUUUGCUGCCCCCUUUCUUUGUGCUGUGCGCUGGGAAGUUUGCAGUCGGUGGCCUUUUUCCUUUCUGUCUUUAGGACAGUAAGAAACUCACUCCCUGCCCCUUUGCUUAGUUGGCUGGCAUCUGCCCCACGGAGCCACUAGCAGGGCUGCCCCUGGGGCAGCAGCUCCACCAGCCCCGUGGGCCGAGGCUUCUGUGUGCCAGGCGUCUGCUGGGGGAAAGAAAGUUCUCUCGGGCGUUACUGCUUUUGCUCAGACUUCGCAAAAAAUAUAUAUAUAAUUAUAUAUAUAUAUAUAAUUAUUAAUCACCUCUGUCCUUUGGAAAGUCUUGAAUGAAUAGAGAAUUUAUUCCAUUGCAAUAUUUGAUUGUAUAGAGGCACACUAUUUCAUCAACAGAAGAAGCGGAAAGGCUGUGUAUGUUUUUGGUACUAUGUACCACCUCUGUUAUUCUGAAGCUGAAGUAUUCAUGUACUUAUUCCGUAUUCUAUUUAAUUGUGUUUGAUUUAAAAUAUAUAUAUAUGAAUUAUAUUUAAAA